AUGUUUACUGGCGCGCUGACGCAGCGACGGCUCGCCCGCCUGCUAGCCGUCGCCGCCGGUAUCUUCAUGCUGGUGGUCUUCGUUGCGCCGAAAGGACUACUUGAGAGCCCCUGGAGUCCAGAGUCGUCCGACGAGAAGCUGAAGCACGAGGCGGACCGGCAGAUGGACGUGCUGACGGUGGCGGACACCAACACGGGCAAGCGCCGCUUCGUCAUGGACCGACUGCGCGCCACCUUCACGCGCAACACGUGGGGCUCCGACCGCCAGCGCAAGGCCGCGGGGCUGCAGGAGGCGUCCGCGGACGGCGCAGGCGGCGGAGGCGGAGACGUGGGAGCGGUUGGCGGAGCGGGCGCGGGCGCGAGGCGCGCGGAGGAGGUGAAGCAGCCGGAGGAGGUGUCGGGGGAGAAGGUGGAGAGCCGUCAGAAGCCGCUGCCGGUUAACUUGCCGGCCGUCAAGAAGAAGAAGCGGCGGACGGGGCCGUUUAGCCGGCGGUCGGUGCUGGAGAAGUCGUCCGUCGAGGCGCUAGAAGCGGGGCAGAUGGCGCUUCGGGAGAUGCGCGCGGAGAUGGAGAGAUUAGAGACGUUAGAGCGCGAGGGGAAGAAGGACCCGCGCGCGGAGGGCACAGCCGCUGUCAAGACGUGUCAGAGAGCUAUAGUGCUGACGGAGGGGGAUGAGGAACUCAAAAGCGGGGAUAUUAAGCUGCCGUGCGGGAUGCGCGUGGGAUCCGCGAUUACGGUAGUGGGCAUGGUGCCGUCCGCGCCUGCGGAAGCGGGGCGUGGAGGGGCGGCUCCCAGGCAUGGGGGGGCGGAAGUUGCGGGGAGGGAGGCGGGCGCGGGGGAGGUGGCGGCGGGAGGAAGAGGGACGGGCAGUGAAGGGUCGGCGCUGUCGUUUAUGCUGGAAAUACUGGUGAGUGGGGGGGAGUGGUGCCUGGGAGGGGGUGCUGGUGAGUGCGAGGGGGUGCCCCCCUCUCCCCCCUCUCCCCCCUCUUCCUGGCUCUCCCCCUCUAUCUCCCCUCUAUCCCCCCUCUCUUCCUCCUCUUCCCAUCCUCUCCCCCUCUUUGUCCCCUCUAACCCCCAGGGGUCUGGUGUUGCACCUCCCCUUUUUCCUUCGCCUGCUCUCGCCCCUGAGGGAGCAGAAGCACGUGCAGCAGCAGCAUCCCGCCUUCACCCUUCCGCAUGCUCUUUCUUCCUCGUCUCCCCGCUCCCCUCUCCCCUUCUCCAUCCGCCCUCUCCCCCUCUCCUUCACCCCGCUCUCCUCAUCCCCCCCUUCAAUCCUCUUAUCCAACCCCCCACUCCCUUUCCCCAGGGCCUGGUGGUGGUGACACCAGCAGCAGCAUUCUUCCCUAACCCUUUCCCAAAUUCUCUUAUCCAACCCCCCACUCCCUUUCCCCAGGGCCUGGUGGUGGUGAAGGGCGAGGAGGCAACGCGCAUCUACCACCUGCACGCACACCUGACGGGCGACAGCAGAGGCAGCAGCGGAAUCAGUAGUGUUGUUGCAGGCAGUGGGGGCAGCAGCAGCAGCAGCAGCAGCAGCAGCAGCGUGGGGGGCAGUGCGGGGGUGCGCGUGAUCGAGCAGAACACGUGCUACCGCGGACAGUGGGGCGAGUCUGAAGAGAGAGGUGGGAGCAGAGGGGCGAGAAGGGUGCAGGGAGGGGGUGGUGGGGGCAGUGCAGGGGUGCGCGUGAUAGAGCAGAACACGUGCUACCACGGGCAGUGGGGCGAGUCUGUGCGGUGUGAGGGGUUUGCCUCCACGUACCAUGAGGGGAGAGAGGUGCGUGGCGUGGGGAAAGAGGCGUGUCAAAGGGGGAGAGAGGUGGGCGCAGAGGGAGGGAGGUGCAAGCUGGGUGUGAGUUGGGUCGUGACUUCUGUGCAACUGGACGGGCAGAGGCGGUGUGAGAAGUGGUCGCGGGAGCGGGCGCGCACAGAGGAGGACCAGGAGCGCAUGGACGGCGCUGAAGGCGCGGAUGGCACCCACCUCGACACGGAGAAGCUGUCGGGGUGGCAGCGACAGGUGAUGAAGCAGGCGGACAAGGAGGUGACGGAGGAGUGGCCCUUCCCCUUCCACGAGGACCGCCUCUUUGUGCUCGUUGUGCGCGCCGGCUGGGAGGGCUUCCAUGUGUCGGUGGACGGCAACCACGUCGCGUCCUUCCAGUACCGCUCCGGCAACCCGCUAGAGGAGGCCACAGCGGUGGCCAUCAGCGGCGCCAUCCGUCUCAAGUCUUUCGUCGCCACGUCCCUCCCGCUCGCCCCACCGCUGCGCACGGCGGACCUGGAGGCCAGCGAGUCGCUCAAGGCGCCCGCUGUGAGGGGGGACGUCAACGUGAGCAUGUUCAUCGGCAUCCUGUCCGCCACCAACCACUUUGCCGAGCGCACCGCUGUGCGCAAGACGUGGCUGCAGCACCCUCAGAUCCGCAGCGGGGAGGUCGUGGCGCGCUUCUUCCUCGCCCUGCAUCCGAGCAUCCAGGUGAACGUGGAGGUGCACAAGGAGGCGGCGCUGUACGGGGACAUGGUGGUGCUGCCGUUCAUCGACCGCUACGACCUCGUCGUGCUCAAGACCAUCGCCAUCUGCGAGUUCGGGCUGCGCAACGUCACGACCAACUACAUAAUGAAGGUGGACGACGACAACUUCGUGCGGCUGGACGCUGUGUUUGACGAGAUCCGAUUCGCCAACCAUGCGAGCGGGCUGUACAUGGGCAACAUCAACGAGUUCCACAAGCCGCUCCGGGAGGGCAAGUGGGCCGUGUCUGAAGAGGAGUGGCCGGAGACCAACUACCCACCAUACGCCAACGGGCCAGGGUACAUCAUCACGCGGGACAUUGCUGACUUCAUCGUGCGCAUGAAGGAGUACAAGAUGCUGCGGAUAUUCAAGAUGGAGGACGUGAGCAUGGGCAUGUGGGUGGUGCAGUACGGCAUCAACAACACCAUCCACUACAUCCACAACUGGCGCUUCUGCCAGUUCGGCUGCAUGGACGACUACCUCACCGCGCACUACCAGUCGCCGCGCCAGAUGCUCUGCAUGUGGACCAAGCUGUCCAGAGGCGAGGCCAGAUGCUGCACCUAG